UCACUCUCUUUGUGGAAGGAAUUCACUUCUUAUCACAAUCUGUGGAGACUUCCUUUUGCAAAAAUGAAAAGUCUGAGAUAAUUCCCUCAGUUGUGUUUCAUCAUCUGCUGCGUCAAGAUCUCAAGAUGCUGCUGCUGCUGCUGCUGAGCCUCUUUCUCAUUGUGGGCGCCAAUGGAAGUGUUCUGGACAAUCGUGUGGAUGAUUUGUGGAGUGAUGAGUGUUCUCUGCCACCGGGAUUGCGGAAGGAGAUUCUCUCGUAUCAGCCUGUUGUGGAGAAAAUCAUCCGGAAGGUUGUUGGUGGUGAUUUCAAGGGAGAAACUUGGCGAAGUCUCGGUAAGUUUGUGGAUAAAUUCGGACCACGGAUGGCGGGAUCUCAGAGUCUCGAGGAUGCCAUUGAUUACAUGGUUGGAGAGUUGGCAAAUGCAGGAUUGCAUGCCUACACCGAGGAGGCAAAUGUGACAAACUGGAAGCGAGGAUAUGAGAGUGCAACCAUGCUGAGUCCACGAAAAGCUGAUCUCCCAAUUCUCGGUCUUGGCAGCUCCGUGGGAACCAUGAGGGGAGGAAUAAUGGGUGAAGUUGUGGCUGUUGAGUCAUUCGAUGAACUCGAUGCUCUUCCAGAUGAGGCUGUGAAGGGGAAGAUUGUUGUCUAUGCUCCCCCAUGGGAAUCCUACGGGAAGACAGUUCAGUACAGAAGCCACGGAGCUACGAGGGCAGCAAAGAAGGGCGCCUCAGCUGCUCUGGUGCGAUCUGUAACACCCUUCUCCCUGUCUACCCUCCACACGGGCUAUCAGGACUACGAGGAUGGUGUCAGGAAGAUCCCUGUUGCCUCUGUCACCGUUGAAGAUGCCAUGAGACUCCUGCGGAUGUAUCGUCGCAAUGAAACCAUUCGGAUUCAUCUGGAAAUGAAUGAUGUGGACAAGGGUGUGGCAAAAUCUCGCAACACAAUCGGAGAGCUUCAGGGUAGGAAGGAGAAUAGCUCAGUUGUUGUAGUUUCCGGACAUCUGGAUAGCUGGGAUGUCGGUGUUGGCGCCAUGGAUGAUGGUGGUGGUGCCUUCAUAGCUUGGCAUGCUGUUAAAUUCCUCAAAGCACUGGGCUUGCAGCCUCGAAGGACAAUCCGUGCAAUUCUCUGGACUGGUGAGGAGCAGGGAUACUGGGGGGCGAGAUCCUACCAGGCAAAUCACAGCCAAACUGAGAAGGAUGAAUUUAAUUUCUUCAUUGAAUCCGACAUUGGCACCUUCACGCCAACUGGGAUGGAUUUCAGUGGCACCAAGGAGGCUGAAUGUAUCUUCCGGGAGAUUCUGCAACUCCUGGCACCCCUCAAUGCCACACAAUUCGCAUCCCCCGUCGACGGGGGCCCAGAUAUUUCCGUGUGGACCGACAGGGGCUUCCCGGGAGCUUCUUUGCUGAAUAAAAAUGAAAAAUACUUCUGGUUCCAUCAUUCCAAUGCAGACACAAUGCUGGUGGAAGAUCCCGAUGCUCUGGACAAGUGUACAGCCAUCUUUGCAGCCAUGAGCUAUGUAAUUGCUGAUCUUAGUAUUGAAAUCCCUAAAAAUAUUAAAUCUUAACUCAAUAUUUUUUUUUUAAUUCUUUUUAUUAAAUAAAACGUUUAAAAAAUCAUUUAAAAAA